AGCUAGCAAUAUCUCACACGAGGGAAUUUCGUAAUUUGCUCUUUAUAUUAAAUUAGAUUCAGUUGUCAUUCAAAAACUGGUUAUCAAUUCAAGAUUGAAAGUCAAUGGCAUCAACUUGUGAUCAGUUUGAACCAUGGAGAGACCUGAGAGGCAAAAUCGUGAUGAUUACCGGUGCAUCCUCCGGUCUUGGUCGGGAUUUUUCAAUUGAUUUAGCAAAAGCCGGUUGCAGGAUCAUUGCAGCUGCACGUCGAACAGAUCUCCUCCAAUCUCUAUGCGAUGAAAUUAACAAUAUGGAAUCAUCAAUCUCUGAUCAUAUUGAUGUUCAUGCUCAUGCAAACCAACGUCAAAUUGCAGUGGCUGUUGAGCUUGAUAUCUGUGCUGAUGGAUCUACCAUUGAAGCUUCUGUGCAAAAGGCUUGGGAGGCUUUUGGCCGGAUCGAUGUUCUGAUCAACAACGCCGGUAUUCGAGGUCCUGUACGAGGUGCAUUGGAUUUGUCAGAAGAAGAUUGGGAAAAAGCCUUUAAAACAAAUGUAACAGGAUCAUGGUUGGUAUCUAAGUAUGUUUGUCGUCAUAUGGUUGCUCUUAAUCAAGGAGGAUCCAUAAUCAAUAUGUCUUCUUGUGCUGGUCUUAAUCGUACUCAUGAAAAGGGAGCAGUUGCAUAUAUUUCUUCAAAAGCAGCGUUUAAUACCAUGACAAAAGUGAUGGCAAUGGAACUUGGAAAACACAAAAUAAGGGUAAACUCAAUAUGUCCCGGGAUUUUUAAAUCUGAGAUUACGGAGGAACUCUUGCAAAAGAAAUGGCUCAAGAAUGUGACUUCAAAAAUUGUGCCAUUGGGAGAUUUUGGCACUACGGACCCAGCCUUGACAUCCAUGGUUAGGUACCUAGUUCAUGGCUCGCCAGACUAUGUGACUGGUAACAUUUUCAUCAUUGAAGCUGGAUACACCUUAUCAACUGUACCACUUUAUUCAUCUCUUUGAACUUACUCUUGUUGUAAGAACUAUAUGCUAUGUUUGCAAUCAGAAUAAAGAUGACACGUGUGCUAAUUGAUAUACAAAAUCUUGUUAGCUUAAUUGCUAGUA